CGGUCGGCGGCGCUGAGGCGGGAUCCGGGCGAGCCGAGUGAAGACCUGGUCCUGUAGACGGGAAGGAGCCUGGACACAGUGACACAUUCACAAAGGCCCUGCAGGACCACCAUGGCUUAUGAUGACUCCAUGAAGAAAGAAGCCUUACCUCUGCAAGUCUGUGUCCAGCUGCCAAAUCACAACUAAGAAACCAUGUCUGAGGAUGCACACGGGGCCUUUGCGUAGCGUGGAAGCAUUGUUUCUGCAGAUUGCUUUGAUGGUGAUCACAGCUCUGAGGACACAGGACUAGCCGCUGGCCGAAGCCAACGAGAAAAGAAACGUUCUUACAAAGAUUUUUUAAGGGAAGAGGAAGAAAUCGCUGCUCAGGUCAGAAAUUCUUCCAAGAAGAAGUUAAAGGAUAGUGAGCUUUAUUUCUUGGGGACGGACACGCACAAGAAGAAGAGGAAGCACUCCUCUGAUGAUUACUACUAUGGAGGACAGUGGUUCUUGUUCUGAGUGCCGAUAAACCAGUGUGAAGGAGGAGAGAGGUGGAGGGCUGGUAUUUUGGAGGAUUCAGCAUAGAAGAACAGUCUUCAUUUGUGAUACACCAGACCUUUCGUCUUUGGAAUCGUCACAGAAGAAAAAGAAAAAGUCCAGCCCACAAUCUGCCGAUACAGCCAUGGACCUAUUGAAAGCCAUCACUUCCCCGCUGGCAACAGGCUCCAAGCCCUCCAAAAAGACAGGGGACAAAUCCUCUAGUUCUUCAAGUCAUUCAGAGAGUAAAAAGGAACACCACAGGAAGAAAGUAAGUGGAAGCAGUGGGGAGCUGUCCCUGGAGGAUGGUGGUUCCCACAAAUCAAAAAAAAUGAAACCACUCUACAUGAACACAGAGACACUGACCCUUCGCGAGCCCGAUGGCUUAAAGAUGAAACUCAUUCUCUCACCAAAGGAGAAGGGAAGCAGCUCGGUUGAUGAGGAGCCUUUUCAGUACCCCUCUCAGCAAGCGACUGUGAAAAAAUCCUCUAAGAAAUCAGCUCGCGAUGAGCAAGGUGCUUUACUCCUUGGACACGAGUUACAGAGCUUUCUGAAAACAGCCCGGAAGAAGCACAAGUCCUCCUCCGACCCACAUUCCUCUCCCGGCCCCGAAGGCUGUGGGGCGGAUGGCUCCCAGUUCCCAGAAUCCCACAGUGCUAACCUUGAUCUUUCGGGACUUGAACCUAUCCUAGUAGAAUCGGACUCGUCCUCUGGUGGGGAGCUAGAGGCUGGGGAGUUAGUCAUCGACGACUCUUACCGGGAAAUCAAGAAGAAAAAGAAGUCCAAGAAGAGCAAAAAGAAGAAGGACAAGGAGAAGCAUAAAGAGAAGCGGCACUCCAAGUCCAAGAGAAGUUCAGGCCUUGCAGCUGCCACCGUGGCAGAGGUCACAGUGGCACCCGGCCCUCCUCCCAGCGUCCCCCACACUGGAGCCGCUGCCCCUCCCCAGCCACUGCCCAGCCUCCAUGCAGAUGGGCAUAGUGAGAAAAAAAAGAAGAAAGAGGAGAAAGACAGAGAAAGAGACAGAGGAGAAAAGCCAAAAAAGAAGAACAUGUCAGCCUACCAGGUGUUCUGUAAAGAGUAUCGCGUAACCAUCGUGGCCGACCAUCCAGGUAUAGAUUUUGGGGAACUUAGUAAAAAACUGGCUGAGGUGUGGAAGCAAUUGCCAGAAAAGGACAAACUGAUUUGGAAGCAAAAAGCUCAGUAUCUGCAACACAAACAGAACAAAGCAGAAGCUACAACUGUGAAAAGAAAAGCGUCCUGCUCAGAAGUUCCCGUGAAAGUGAAAGCUUCCUCUGCAGGAGUACUGUCACCCCAAAAGAAAUCCCCGCCCACCACCAUGCUGUUGCCAGCCUCUCCAGCCAAAGCCCCUGAGACAGAGCCCAUUGAUGUCGCUGCUCAUCUACAGCUGCUGGGAGAGUCCCUAAGCCUCAUCGGGCACCGCCUGCAGGAAACUGAGGGCAUGGUGGCUGUGUCUGGCAGCUUGUCAGUGCUUCUGGAUUCCAUUAUCUGUGCGCUUGGCCCGUUGGCGUGUCUGACCACACAACUGCCUGAACUGAACGGCUGCCCCAAACAGGUCUUGUCAAACACACUAGACAACAUUGCUUACAUCAUGCCUGGACUGUGACAGCGAGGAGUCCCAGGACAGAGACCUUAUCCUCUCCCAUUGCUGGUUUGUGUAUAUAUGACUGUUCCAGAUCCCUUCACUGGCCUCCGGGUGUAGGUUUUAAAUUUUUAUAUAUAUACAUAUAUAUAUAUAUAUAUAUAAUGUACAAUAUAUACAUAGGACUGUAACUACUUUGCUUUUAAUAAUUUUAUGAAAUGGCAAAGGUUUAGCCAAGAAGAAAGCUUGGCAUGAAUAUGGGCUUGGGAUUCUUUUUUCCUCUGUGGUGGAUAAAUCUGCCUUAAAAAUCAGUGUAACUUGGGGGCUGGGGGCUUGUUCUGGGUGCCAAGGGCAUCUCUUUAUGGACAGCUAAAAUGUGAUUUUUUUCCAAACUCAGUUGUACCUCCAGACCCAUCACUGACCAUUUGCCUUACCUGUCUUACAGUUGGAAAUGUAAUAGGAAAGAUUAUGGGAAGAUGCCAGUUGACUGAACGUACAAAGCCUUUCAACUUGAAGUGACCUAGGUAGGAAGUGAUGAAAUCGUUCCCAUCUUACAGUUACUGCAGUGGCUUAGGUGAACUUCGUAGGGGGUUCAUUCCAAUUCCUGCCAUACAGGUGUCCGUGUCUCAAAAUUUCUUGUAAUCAUUGGUACCAUUAGCAGCCUCAGUAGGGGCCAAGGACUUACGGGAGCCCCAGCAGUAUAAAACACCUUGGAGAGGGUAAAGUUGUUACUACACAAGUUGAAUUGCGUAUAUUGUGAGCUGACCCAGAAUAUUCCAUCUGCAGAACUAAUUGCUGAUAUCUUCCAUCGGCAGCAUUAGCUUAGUCACUGAGUCCUCACAGGUUUUGCUGCUUCGUUGCUUGAUGGUUGGGGAAGAUGAACUUUGCCCAGCAUGAUUCUUGGAUUCAUCCUGUUGGCUCCCCUGGUGGGCAGAUAGAUACCCAGUGUUCUGCAUUCCACACAUAAGUGAAUUGCAAAAAAAGUACUCGAUUCUCAUGUAGGUUUAUUUAUGUGCGCGUGUGAAUGUGUUUUAAUUAUGUGUAUUUAACUCUUUAAAAUCUCUUAGAUUUUAAUUUAUCCUGUAAAUUUCUGUAUAUAUAAUUUAAUAACAAAAGCCUCCACCAGCAACAGCAUGUGGAAGAUACAGAUUUGUCAUUUCUUCCCUCCUUCUUUCCUCUGGUCUCUGAAAACUCCAAAUCAUCUACAUUUUAAGGUGUCGUGCCUCAAAAAGGAAUCAUUAUGUCGGGAUUCUAAUUGUUUAUAAUUCAAUAAUGUCAAGAAAGCAAAAUUAAAAGGAAUGUUACCAUUCCCAGCUGCCCACUUUUCCAAAGAACCAGACUUUUGCUUCCCAGUUCCAAAGAAGACAGUUGAGCACUUCAGGGUUGUUUUUCAAUCUGGUAUGAGAUUCCCUGCCAAAACCAAGCUCCGGGGUAACUGUGCUUUCCUCCCCUGGCCUAGACGGAGCACCACAGCAUCAAAGUAGAUCUUUGAGGACCGUGCAGCCAGCCUGCAUCUGACUUAAUCCCUUCCCUUCUCCCCACCAGUGUGGUCAAGGGGCUUUGUUUCCUGAUGGUACUCUGGCUGCUGAUCGGCCCUCAGCUCAGAGCAGUUGUGAAGUUUAAUUGGGGAAACAAGGAAACGGGUAUGUUUGGGAACCAAAAUCAAGAAGAGCAGAAAUCUGGGUUUGAUUUCGUGUGUUAGACCCUGUGCUACGCCUCAUCUGUAACCAUGGAAGUUUACUGUUUGACACAGGGUCUAUCAACGAGGGGCCUUGAAGACAUGGAUUAGUGCGGAAGAAGUCAGUCCUCCCCUUGUCAUUUGUGCACAUUAAUGAAAUCCUGAUGAGGACCUGCUUUUUGUUUGUUUGUUUUCCUUUAAAACCCAACCCUGUUGUAUUUGUAUUUAAAUUUGUACACAUUUGUAUAAUAAUCUGUACCUUGUGGUAUUUGGUACUACUAGAGGAAAAACUUUGGAUUCAGACCUUCUUGCAGUUUUUAUAUCAUUGUUUUAUUUUGUUUUUUAAAUAAAUUCUAGCGGUUUGAUCCAAAUCCCAUUACAGUUGUAUAAAGAAAUAAAAUUUUGUACUUAUAUUAUUAAAAAUCACAUUUUUAAUAUUUGUAGUCCGGUCUCCGGUAUCUUUUCCCUGUUGCUGACCAAGUUGCUAUGAAAUUCUAAAACCUGUCAUUUUCUACCUAUAUCCCACCAUGAUUUUCUUAAAACGAAAAUCUGUCUGGAAUAGAGGCCAAGUUUCCGAUCUUAGCCAUUUUCCUAACAUACAUCUUGCUCUGUCUCUACUAACUUUUACAUGGUAGAGUCUAGUGUUCUCUCUCUUGCAAACUAAAUGAA